CAGUGGCUCUGGAGCUGAUCACAGAAAGCAUUGCUCCUGGGAAGAGAAGCUCCCCUGGGAGGCCCCAGAUGAAGAUGUGGAUUGCCAUCCUGCUCUUCCCCCUGAUCCCCUUCUGUGUGUGUGAGCAGAGCUCUGCUGCCCUGAGAGGGAGAGGAGUGCAGGUGGUGCAGGUCAGCAGGCUGUCCUCUGAGCAGCAGUGCAGGCAGGCCUGCCAGAGCCCAGCUGCUGCAGGUAACCACCACUGCAACUGGUCUGUGCCCUACCAGAGUCACUGCCUCCUCCUGCAGUGUCCCCAGCUGAGUGUGUGCCAGGCUGCUGCAGAGCAGGACCUCAGACUUGCUGAGGCCACGCCAGCCGCUGCCUCUUCUCCCACCUCCGGCUCCAGCCGCGGCCCCGAGCCUGGGGGCACCGUGGAGAGCUCAGGACAUACCAGCUCCGUCUCAGUGCCAUCCCCUGGCUCUGCUGCCCUCCCUGUGCCCUCUGCAGCGGGUGCUGAGACGCCUCCCAGGGAGCAUCUGGAGCCAGGCACCAGCAGCGUUCCUCCCCCGGCCCUGUCCACUCCUCUGGGCUCUACAGGAGGUGGUGAGGUCUUCCCUCCUGCCUCUCCAGCAGAAACAGUGCCUGGGCCUGGGAUGGAGCCAACAGCUCUCCCUUCCUCCCCAGCAGCUGCCCCCAGAACAGCAGCUCCUGGCCCUGCAGGCGCUCAGGACACAGACAGUGACUACCUGCUGGUUGCUGCCGAGCCCCUGACCCAGUACCUGGUGGACAGGAGCUCCCUCCUGGCAGUGCUGCUGGUGGGCACAGGCUUCUUCAUCACUGUCCUGGUGCUCUUCCUCAUGCAGGCCUAUGAGAGCUACAAGAAGAAGGAUUACACCCAGGUGGAUUACCUGAUCAAUGGGAUGUACCUGGACUCAGAGAUGUGAGAGGCUGGGGAGGAGAGGGGGAGCAGAGGGGGGAAGGGGAAGGCAAGCCUGGGCUUGGGCUUCUUCCCUGCUUGCCAGGAACACAAACUGCAAGUGCUUCCAAACUUCCUCCCAGUGCAGCUG